AUGGCAACGACGUCCUCAGAGGAAUUUUCUGAGGUAAUUGAGAGAGCUACGAGCGAAAGCAUCCCUAAUGGGGAGCUAAACUUACCUGUGGCGCUGGAGAUAUCAGAUAUUCUGCGAUCACGAAGGAUUGCACCAAAAGAUGGUAUGAGAUGCUUGAAGAAGCGUAUUACAAACACGACUAAUAAUCCUAAUACACAAUUGUCUUCUUGGAAACUGGUGGAGAUAUGUAUCAAGAAUGGUGGUAUACCAUUUUUAAGGGAGAUUUGCUCAAGAGAGUUUAUGGAUACAAUGGAACAUACAAUCCUGAAAUAUGAUGAUAGUGAUGAAGUUGUAGAACUUGUAACUACUAUGCUAUACGAGUUGUACUUAGCAUUUCAGAAUGAUUCUCAGUUAAACUAUGUGAGCAGGGUUUACGAUAAAUUAAGACAAAGAGGUGUUAAGUUUCCAGAAGGUGCUCCAAUCUCUUCAAAUGUGAAUGCAUUAUUUGAUUCUAAAACACCAGCUGAUUGGAUUGAUUCAGAUGCAUGUAUGAUUUGUUCGAAGAAAUUUUCUUUACUGAAUAGGAGACAUCACUGUAGGUCUUGUGGUGGAGUCUUCUGCCAGGACCAUUCCUCCAAAAGUAUUCCAUUACCAGAUCUCGGUAUAUAUGAUUCAGUUAGAGUAUGUGAUAAUUGUUAUGAUGAUUAUGAUUAUAAAAAGGGAAGCGGUAGUCAAGGAAAAAAGAGGAAACAUAGAAAAAGUCACCGCCAUGCUACUGAAGAUGAAGACGAAGAUUUAAGGAAAGCAAUUGAACUGUCAUUAAGGGCAUCUAAUAGCAGUGUCGAACCUGUUAUUCCAGUUGUUGAAAGUGAACCUCAAAUACCUGCUGUAGAAGAGGAGGAUCCUGACUUAAAAGCUGCAAUUGAAGCAAGUUUAAGAGAAGCAGAAGAGGAGAAACGUAGAAGGGAAGAACAUGCUCAACAGCAGAAUACCAAUGCCUAUCCACAACAGUUUAGGCCACCUGCUAAUGAAUUAACCCCCGCCGAUGAGGAAGAUAUUUAUCUUUUUGCUUCAUUAGUUGAAAGAAUGAAAACAAGACCGCCCUCUGAAAUACUGGAUGAUCCCCAACUUCAACAACUGGCACAAAAGGUAUUCGCCAGUAAACCACGUCUAGGAAACACACUGAAUUCAAAAAUCCAAAAAUAUAAUACGUUAGUAGAUAUGAAUGGUAAGAUUUCCCACAUUAUGAACACUUACGACAAUUUACUGGAACAAGAAUUACGAAACAUAAACCUAAGCGAGAGAUUUAAUGUCCCACAGGCACAAGCGGACCCAUACAGUCAAUAUAGUCAAUACAAUCAACCUGCAAUCCAAAACAACACCUCGCAAACGAAUAAUGUGGUGAACAAUAAACCUUUAUCUCAAAGGGAAAGUGAGCCUCAAUAUACAGCUCCAACAGAUUCUCAGACUAUAGAAAGCAAAGCAUAUGAACGGCAACUAGAAAAUCUUGUUCAACCACCAUCAAAUGUUAAUAACGAACGAGUUGCUUCAGAACCCCCAUAUCCUAACGAGGAACUGAACGACAUAACAUCUAUUCAACUAAACUCGGAAAGGGCUGGCAAAUAUGAAGAAAAUGCCGUUCCACCUGGUAGCAUUCCAUACCCUAUCGAAAAUGACGACCAAGAUGAAACUACUCGCACUAAAAAAAAUGAUAAUAUAACCAAUUUCGACUUCCCUACAGUGCCUGCUAGGAAAUUACCCGAAAAUAAUGUGGAGCAAGUAGAGGAUAAACCUCAGGAUUCCCAAGAGGAAGCAUUGUUAAUAGAACUCUAA